AUGUCUGGCAGGUUCUGUUACUUCUUAUUUGGGAUCUUAGGCAUUUGUGCUAUUUCUUCUGAGGCCAUAACUAAUGUUGUUACAUAUGGUUCGCAGUUAAAAUUACUCAAUACGGUUUACAACGUCCGAUUACACUCCCACGAUAUUGGCUACGGUUCAGGUAGUGGACAGCAAUCUGUUACUGGUUUACAAGACGUCACGCAAAAAGGUAGCUAUUGGGUGAUCCACAAAGAUCACCUUACUGGUAAUAAUUAUUAUCGUGGCGAGCCCGUCAAAUGUGGUCAGAUUAUUCGUUUGACUCACAUGGAAACAAAUAAGAAUCUUCAUAGCCAUCAUUUUCAGGCUCCAAUUUCUCGAAACUUGGAGGUCUCCGCUUUCGGUACUAAUGGAAAUGGAGACGAAGGUGAUAACUGGGAGCUCAUUUGCAGUGGAGAUAUGUGGACAAGAGGUGAUGAGAUUAAACUCCGACAUGUUAUCACUGCGUCAUACCUACACGUAAGCGGUAACACCUAUCAGCAUCCAAUUCCUGGCCAAUUUGAGGUUGCAGCUUCAUCGUCAACUUAUGGUAGCGUCUGGAAAGCAGCUGAAGGUGUAUUUAUUCAGCCCUCAAAUAUGACUCUCAAAUCUAAUGGGAAGCAUCACGAAGAGUUGUAA